AUGGACUGGCGGGCAUCGAUGCCCAGGCCGGGCCGCCUGGAUCUGUACUCGCUCCAGUGGGACAACAUCCGCCUGCAGGAUUACAAGAGCGCGGUGGCUCCCUUCGGCGGCCCCAUUGCCCUGGUCCGCGAUGACACCAAGUUGGUUUCCAUCAACAAGGGCACCUCCGGCCGCCGGCGGAUCAUGAUUUAUUCCUCCUCGGGGCAGCUGCUUCGUGAGAUCCCCGAUGACAAGCCGAAGCUCGUGUCGAUUGGCUGGCUGGAGGACGAGCGCCUGGCGUGUGUCUAUGAAGAUGGCAUCAUUCGGAUCUACAACAUUCUCGGGGCCCAGGGCGACUUUGUGUCCUUCAACACCCUGCGGGACAAGCGCAUCAUCGAUUGUCAAAUCCUGCCGACGGUGAUCGUGGUCCUCACCUCGGAGCUUGACUUCAUCGUGGUGUCGUCGAUGCACGCGCCACGCAUGAGUGCCCUGGCCAAGACCGGCCUGACUUCUCGGCCCACUUCCUGGCUGGCGUUGGAUCCGCGCAAGAACUCCAACAGCUUCGAGGUUUUCUUCUCCGACGCGAAUGGCAUCCAGCGUCUGACGCGCUCGUCAUCGGUUGCCUUCCCGCCCAACAACACCAUUUGCGCCACCCGCAUGGCCAUCACCGUGGAUCUCAGCUACCUGGCGUUGGUGCACUCGACCAACCAGCUCCACAUCUUCAACACGCAGACCGGCAAGUCCUUCGACCAGUUCCUCUACCGGUCGGAGGCGCCGACCGCCAUGAGCUGGUGCUCCAAUCAUGUUGUCCUGCUCCACUGGCCCGGGGAGUUGCUUUGCGUGACGCCAGAUGAGCAGCAUUCGUUCCCCUGUCUGCCGGAUGAGCAUCUGGUCCUGGCGCCGGAGCCCGACAGCAUGCGUGUUUUCAGCUCGACCAACUGCUCGCUCGUGCAAAUGGUGCCCAAGUCGGUGGAGUCCAUCUUCUCGCUGUUGGCCUCGUCCCCGGCAAGUUCGCUGUAUGAGGCCUUCCGCGCAUUCGAGAACAAAUCCCCCGAUGCGGAUACCUACCUUCGGCGGAUCAAGCACGUCCUCAAAGAGGCGGUGGAUGGGUGCCUCGCUGCUGCAAGUGAGCAGUUCUGUCCCCGGUCGCAGGCGCAGCUCCUGAAGGCGGCCUCCUUCGGCAAGUGCUUCAUCGACGCGGCAAGCGGCUAUGAUCAUGGGCAGUUUGGCCGCAUGUGUAACUGGCUGCGUGUGCUGAAGGCCGUGCGCCACCACUCGGUCGGCAUCCCGAUGACCUACUUCCAGGUGACCUCUCGCCCGGCGGACGAGCUGAUCCGAAUGCUCACGCGCCGGCACAUGCACCUGCUGGCGCUGCGCAUUGCGCAGUUCCUCAACCACGCGGAGGCUACCAUGCCGGGCCCGGCCGUCGCGGGCAAGGCCCCGGCCGCGCCGAUCCGCGUGGACCAGAUCCUGGUGGACUGGGCCCGGGAGAAGGUUCGCCAGUCGACCAAUGACGAGGAGCUGUGCUGGCUGAUCCGCGAAAAGUUCCGCUCCUGCCCGGGCGUGGCAUAUGCCGACGUGGCAGACAUGGCCUUCCAAACCAAGCGCGAGCGUCUGGCGGAGAACCUGCUGGAAUUCGAGCCGCAUCCCGGCCGGCAGGUGCCGCUGCUGCUGAAGAUGGGCAAGAAUGAAAAGGCCCUGCAGCGGGCGAUCGAGUCGGGCGACCCGGACAUGAUCAAUGAGCUUCUCGGGGAGAUGAGCGAGAACAUGUCGCCGACCGAGUUCCUGGCCCUCUUCAAGAGCAAUCCCGCGGCGGUGCCCCUGCUGGAGUCCUUCUGCCUGAAGUACAACCGGUCGCUGUUGCGGAGUUUCUACUACCAGUAUGACCGACAUGUGUCGGUGGGGUCGCUGCUGGCCCUGCAGAAGCCGGCUGGCGAGGGGGCCGAGGCGCGCAUCAAGGAUCUGAAGGCGGCCUUCGACCAGUUCCAGCUCGGAGGCGAUAGCCCGGCGCUGCGGAGCACGGCCGAUGCGCUGGCCGGCUUUACGCAGGACGAAAUCAAGCUCCAGCGCUUCCAGCAGGACCUGGAUCUGCUGGCCAUCAAGAAGAAGCUUUCCCUCGGGGUGGACCGGCUGCCGGCCACCUUCGUGGGGCUGACCUAUGCCGACACCCUGCGUGGGCUGUUCUUCCUGGAUCAUGCCCUGGCUGGCGCUUCGUCCGGGGCGCAGCUUGGCACUUCGGAGCGGGCAUUCGACUUCUUCCGGCAGUACAAGAUCCCCGACCGACAGUACUGGUGGGUGAAGUUGGAUGUCUGCUGCCUGGCGAGAAAUUGGCCGGAGCUCGAGCGCAUGGUGGGGUCGGCCAAGAACCCGAUCGGCUUCCAGGCCUUCGUGGAUGGCCUGCUGGCCGGGGAGGCCCCCCCGUCGGAGGUGGCCAAGUAUGUGAAGCGUCUGCCGGCGGCCGCGGACCGGGCUCGGUACUUCUCGCGGAUUAUGUACUGGAAGGAGGCCCAUGCGGCGGCCGUCGAGGCCAAGGAUCUGGCCCUGUUGGAGGAGCUGCGCGCGGCCUGUCGCGACCGGGAGGUGGUGGUCAGCUUCGAUCGGUCGAUCAGCCAGAUGCAGUCGCGCCGCUGAGAGGGCAGCGGGGGGGGGGGGAAAGACACCAUCAAGCGAAUCGGUUUGUGGCCCUCUUUUCGGCUCUCUCUCUCUCUCUCUCCUCCUUCCUCUCCCCCCAUCUGCUGUCUUUCUCCCUCUCCCCCCCCCCCUCCCUCUUCUUGGGGCCGUGUAUGUGUGUAUGUCCAUGCGUGGAGAGUAUGUCUAGCGAAUGGAAGCACUUUUUCUCCGUUAUUUCUAUUGGUACAUUUGCGCUGAUGGAUUGCGACAAACCUUCCCCAUGGGUGGAACACAGGGAGGCCAGGGCUUUGGGCAAGGCCGCACUCUCAAUUGUUGAGCUUGUAGGUGUAUCUGCCAUGCGACAGCAAGGGGGUGGGCAAUGUCAGGGACCGAGGGUGUGCACGUGGCUUCGGGGGAGGGGGACGCAAAACAAAGGGCCAAGGGCAAGGGACGAAGGGGGACGGCAGGGCAGAUGGCCGGGCGCCCGGCAGUGGGCCGGGACAGGGCCAGGAGGCGAGUGACGUACGAGCACUUGGUGCAAGUGUAGAA